UAGAAGUCAGCCCGCGAGUUUUCAUCGCAAUCGAAAAUUGUCAAUAAAACACUACAAAUUAAUCAUCAUUUAAUCACAGUUAAAAAAGAGUUAAUUACAAAUUACUCGGUCGUAAAAAGUGCUCAUACCUAAACAUACAAAGUAAAGUAAUUUGAAUUCAAUUAACCACCAAUGUGUGUAACAAUCAAAAUAAAUCUUGUGAAAAACAACAGCCGCGGAAACACAACAAUAACAACAGAAACCAUGGGCAAAUGCCAUUCGGCGCGUCAAGUGAAUUAAGCGAUUUUUAAAGCUUUACGCUAAAUGAAAUUUGAAUUGCCAAAGUGUGCACUUGUGUGUGCAAAUUAAAUUACGCAAAUCAAAUAAAUGUUUUAACCAAAUAAAAAUAGGAAUCGAAAAGAAUACGGAGUGCAAAUAAAAAUACUGUGCAAAAAUUAACAACUAUAGUGUAAAUAAUUCAACAAAUAUUUUAUAGUACCAGACAUAGAUAAAAUUAAACGCAGAAAAGCAAAACAACGAAUACAACAAAAUGUUUAUUCUAACGGUAGUUAAAUUGCUGCUGAUAGCAUUGAAUAUAUUUCCCAGUCGCUUCACAAAUCGACGGAUUAUGUUCCUCAUCUACAUGACAAAUCUGGUGACGCACGUCAUGAUGGAUGAGCCACGUUUUGCGCAGCCGAUACCAAACGUCACCGUUGCUGUGGGUCGAGAUGCCAAUCUGCCCUGCGUUGUGGAGCAUUUGGGUGGCUACAAGGUGGCCUGGAUUCACAUAGACAGGCAAAUGAUACUGACCAUCCACCGGCAUGUGAUAUCGAGGAUACCGAGAUAUAGCAUCACCUACACGGACAACACGUGGCUGCUGCACGUGAAUCAGGCUCAUCAGGACGAUCGCGGCUACUAUAUGUGCCAGGUCAACACCAACCCGAUGAUUAGCCAAGUGGGCUACCUACAGGUGGUCGUGCCCCCAAAUAUUUUGGACAUUGAGAGUACGCCGUCGUCGGUGGCGGUGCGUGAAAAUCAAAAUAUCAACAUGACGUGCCGGGCCGAUGGCUUCCCGGCCCCAAAAAUAAUUUGGCGUCGCGAGGAUGGAGAGGAAAUUGCCGUCGAAAAGAAGAAGAAAGUUCUCGUGUACGAUGCUGAUGUCCUGCCGCUAACCAAAGUGAGUCGCAAUGAAAUGGGCGCCUAUUUGUGCAUCGCCACCAAUGGAGUACCGCCAUCGGUGUCCAAGCGCAUCAUUCUGGACGUGGAGUUCUCGCCGAUGAUUUGGGUGCCGAAUCAACUUGUUGGCGCCCCAUCCGGCACAGAUGUAACCAUCGAUUGCCACACGGAGGCGCAUCCCAAAGCCAUUAUCUAUUGGGUAUACAAUUCGGUGAUGGUGUUGCCGAGCAAAAAGUAUAAAACCGACUACACGGAGAACUCCUAUCGUGCCCACAUGAAGCUGACGAUAAGAAACCUACAAUAUGGUGACUUUGGCAACUAUCGAUGCAUCUCGAAGAACUCGCUGGGGGAAACGGAAGGCUCCAUACGUGUUUACGAAAUACCUUUGCCAUCCACACCAUCCAAGCAGGUCACCCACACCACCGUCGAGUCCAGGGAGAACAAUAUCAUACCCUCAUCACGCAACGACACAACGAAAUCCCUACAAACGGAUGUGGGAUAUGCCAUGAAGAACGAUUUAUAUCCAGGCUCGGCCUCCUCGUCAUCUUCGGGAGGCAGUUCCUCGGCGGCCUCGUCCUCCUCCUCGAUGCAGACCUCGGCAUUGCCAGGAGGAGUGGCGGGAAAUAGUCUAUCAUCGAUGGGCUCCAAAGGAUCCUUGGCGAUAGGCAAGAGCACGUUCUACACAGAAAGACCACCGAAUGAGUACGCCGCCUCGUCAGUGGCUGGCCUGCUGCUUCAUAGAGCAUUGCUGUUCGGCUCUGGAAUUUAUUUGACCCUGCUUUGAAAUCAAUAAGUCGUUUGAGUUAAUCAAUAAGCAUUUGGAAAAUGCAGCCAAAGGGGGUCUAGUAAAACGGGGGAAUAGCUUAGGUACAUCAUCAUAUUUCAUAGCUGAAAGUAUAUCAAAAAUCCAAUAAUAAUAUUUAACAAACAAAACUGCUUCAAACUUGGCUCACUUCACAGCUAUAGGAAUUUGUAAAAGUAUUUAAAUAAAAUUUAAAACAUAAAGAAAAAGAAAAAGUAUUUUGCAGAACAAUAAAAUGCUCAUUGUAUGUAUAGAACUUAUGAAAUUCGAAGCUUAAGAUAAAUUAACGAUCAUAUGAAAAUCGUAUGAAAAUCGAAUUGUACAAUACACAUAUAUUAGAGUUUUGCUUGUCACAAAAAGGAACCAUUAAAUUAUUUAUAAAAUGCGCCCAAAGCAAAGCUUUUCUAGAGCAAGAAUCAUUUAACAUAUUUACUUGAGUUGUAAUAUUUUUAUUUUUGUCAUAUCCCAAACUGAAACACUGAAGCUUAACUAUCCAAUAUCAACAUUACAAUUGUACAAAUUUAUUUCAAAUUAAACAUAUCCUAAUAUCAUAUCUAAAUUUUUAAGAAACUUUUUAAUCUCCUUUAGUUACUUUCAAACCUUUUUUUUUGUCCCAUUUAAAAUUUAUGCAAUCGUACUUAUUCGUUCAAUCCGUGUCGAAGUUUUCACCCCUUUUCCCAACUGCAGCAAAGAAUUCCAAUUUAUUUAAUGAAGAAAAAAGUCGACGGGAUGUCAGGUCAGGCCACGCCUCCUUUUCGCCCAUCGAUAGAUCUGAAUUUGGUUGCCAAGCGACAUUUAAACGCCUUGAAAAUGUCAUUCAUUUUAACCGUUUCCCCGCUGUCAGUGGGACGACAAAAAAUUUGCAAUAAUAAUUUGCAAUACCUUGAUUCCGUUUCCUGGUCUUUCGGAAACCAGGAAACCCUCGUCAUCGUCAUCAUCGGCGGCUUUUGUGCACUUCCAUCACUUUUUAAUAAAUGUGCAUGCUAAUUAUAUUAUUACUCAUACGACCCGUUGCCAUGUGUGUCCUUUCGCUGUCUGUUCUUCUCCGCCUCUGGCGCUGCCUCUCCGCGCGAAAUACUUGCAAUUAAUUUCAGCAUAAAAUUGCGAGGCCUGCGGUCCUUUGGCCCCGCACAAUGACACACAGUUAACAUGUCCAAUUUAUUGGCCAUAACUCAUGCCCGGGAUCGACCAAGGAGUGAGUGAGAAGGAUUCCGGAUCCCAGGAAGCAGGAACCAGGAUCCAUGGCCAAUCCAGAGACAGACAUCCGCGCCAUCGACGUGGCAAAGAAAAAUGACAUUAAGGCCA